AUGGCCCUUCCAGCCUCCUUGCCCUCUCUCACAGAGCGCGAAGCAAUCACCGACACCCUCUACCGCGCCAUCGUCGGCAUCGACACCGCAGACAAAGCCCUCUUCGACUCGGCCCUAGCCGACGAUGGCCGCAUCGAGAUCAGCGGCCACGUCAUGGAAGGCCGCGAAGCGAUCCAUGCUGGCAUGUUCGACUUUAUCUCAACCAAACUCACGACCACUCAUUUCCUCAGCAACAUUCGCAUCGACGUCAAGCCUGGUGCGACGACUGCGAAAGUAACGGCACAGUCUCUGGCGCAGCAUUGCCGGCCGGGAGACGGGACUCAGCCGGGUGCUGCGAAGUUCUUGGCGGGUGGAAUGUACUUUGUUGAUGUGGCGAAGGAUGAGAAAGAUGGGUUGUGGAAGGUCAUCUGCCACUGCAAAGACUGUCACAAAGUCUUCUCCCUGACCGGCGGGGUCAGCAUUGUUGUUCCCGCAGACAAGGUGUAUCUCCCACACCACCGUACACCCUCUUCCGCAUUGGCUGACUCAAGCCUCGAUCCUAAGCUGCAAGUCAUCUCCGGCACCCCCAAGCGCUUUACCCGCAAAGGCACCUCGGGCAAAAACGUGACAUACUUCAGCUGCCCCAUAUGUCCGACAGUUCUCUUCAACGAGCCGGAAGCUCGCCCGGGGAUGAGAGUGCCGAACAUCGGCACACUGGACGAUUGCGAGUUCUUGGAGAGGUGCAAGCCCGGUGCUGAGAUCUAUGCGAAGGAUAGAGUGGGUUAG